UAUUCUACAUGAGCAGCGACUAAACAGAUUUUGAGAUGGAAUCGCUUUCUUUCUUAAACUCCGGAUUUUUUUCCGGAGUUGCACUGAGACAAAUUAUUUUACCCGUUGUUAACAUUUCUUGAUCGACAUAAUACAUUUCAUACAUCGGCGAUACAGUUUGAACUCGAUACGCAGAUUGAGGAGAUGAAAGCCAGUUACAGCUUUGUUUUUGGUCCACCAUCAGUCCUCCUCAGUGCCAGCAGGAGCUGUUCUGUACAUAUCCCACCAUCCUCGGGGAUAACAAGUGUUUACCGGACAACACCACAAACACGGCGUGUUUCUGUGUCCUGUCAUGUUGUGUAACCCCGCAGAGCUUCAUCUCCAAUGUCUCCCCACAGUGUUUUGUGCCCUUUGUUUCUUUUCGAGGCACGGGUCGGCCACUGAGAGGGCUCACAUUCCUGAGGUAAGCCUAUCUUAUUGACCCCCCCCACCCAACACCCUAAAAAAAGACAGGACCAUCAGCGGCAUGGCGUCCCUCCCCCUUUUCUCCCCGUCAGACUCCUCUGGCAGCUGGAACCAGUAGAUGAACAAGGACUCUCGGAUUCGCCAGCAGACUUCUUCGGCAUUUCUUAUCUGAAAGAACCUGAUGGAGGACAAGUCAACGAGGACGUCCGAGCAGGAAACGUAGCGAAGACACGGGAAGAUUCAAUCAAGUACAGAAGGAGAUAAAAGGGCAAAAAGAAAAAGUUAAGAGAUUUAAGUGUUCGGAGAGUCGUAAAAAACGAGAGCAGAACUAUGAGCACCUUCGGGUACCGCGGGGAGCUGAAGAAGUACGAGGAGGUGGACGAAGACGAGCUGCUGGCCACUCUGUCCUCCGAGGAGCUCCAGGAGCUGGAGAGGGAGCUGGCCGACCUCGACGACAACGUCCCCAUCGGCCUGAGGCAGAAAGACCAGACCGCCAAAACGCCAACGGGGAGCUUCGACAGGGACGCUCUGCUGAAAUACUGGGAGGACGAGAACAAGAAGCUGGUGGAGGACGAGAGGAUGGAGGACGAGAGGAUGGAGGACGGGAGGAUGGAGGACGGGAGGAUGGAGUCCAACGGCGGACUGCUGACUUUCAGUUCAUGGAUACGGUUCUUAAUUAAAAGUCAGAGGCUGGAGAAUGUCAGGGUUCGACCUCAUUUUCUGUCCUGUUAUCGUGUGCAGGAGGGACGCCCGGAUAAGAGCAGAGGGGAGCGAGUGACGGGCACCGCCAGUGACGCCGGCAAGACUCUGGAAAGCGACAGGAAGAAGAUUUCGCAAAAGGCGAAGAAAGCGCCGAGCAAAAAUGAUGCAAAGAAAGAUCAGGCCGAAAAGAAAGACGAGUGUAAAAAGGAGGCCCUGAUCAGGAGUAAAUGUCCUCAGAAGAACGGCCUGUCAAAAGUCUCGAGGAGUGAAUCUAGGAAGGCCGAAACCACGGACCGAAACCCGAACGCCACCUCCGACAGAGCGAGCGGAAACCCGAUAGUCAUCGACGAAACUCUGGAGCAGAUCCUGUGCGACGACCCCGCCAUUAGCGAAGUCAACCUCAACAACAUCGAAGACAUUUCCCAGGAAACCUUGCUUCGUUUCGCCGAGGCCUUGUGCGCAAACACUCACGUCCACGUUUUCAGCCUCGCCAACACGCACGCCGACGACCGGGUCGCCUUCGCUGUCUCCAAGAUGCUCCGCGAGAACCGCUUCAUAAGAAACCUGAACAUUGAGUCCAACUUCGUGUCCGGUCAGGGCAUCCUGGCUCUGCUGGCGGCGCUGCAGCACAACAGUUCCCUGGUGGAGCUUCGCUUCCACAACCAGAGGCACAUAUGCGGGGGGAAGGUGGAGAUGGAGAUGGUCCAGCUGCUGAGGGAAAACACCACUCUGCUCAAGCUCGGUUACCAGUUCGACCUCCCGGGCCCGAGGAUGACGGCGACCAGCAUCCUGACGCGCAACCAGGACCGACAGCGGCAGAGGAGGCUCCAACAGAAGAAGGAACAGAGUCCUCCAGAGGGGUCCGGACAAAGUCCUGCUUCACCUGCAGAAAACCGAGCACCAAAGAAGCCGUCACAAUCUUCUAAGACCGUUGGAAAUCAGAACAGAAAUCCUCCUCCUCCUCCUCCUCCUCUUCUGUCUUUAGAGCCGCCAACGAGGAAGAUCUCCGAAAUGGUCAGACAACACGAAGGCUCGAACGGCACGAAGACUCAGUCAAACCAAAGGAAGCCAAAGUCAAAGAAGCUCAAGAACGGCGCCAACGAAAAGGAGAGCGCGGACAUUCUCAAAGACCUAAAGAAGGCGUUGAAGCCAUCGCUGCAGAAGAGACGAGACGGACCGCCACAUCUGCCGCCGCAGACGUCAAGCCGCGACGACCUGAUGGCGGCGAUUCGCGGGAGCAGCAUCGGGGCGUUAAAAAGGGUGGAUCUGUCACAGGCCUGAACCCACCUUCUCAUUACACCUGAACACUUCUCACUUUGUAUUGAAAUAUUUCAUUUUUUUUCCCACACUAAAAUGUCACUUGUCACUUAGCGAAGCAGCAGCAGACUGCAUUUCUG